AUGAAGGACGAAAUGAGCUUUGAUGGUUGGCUGAUCAAUAUUGAAAAACCAUUCCCUCGAAAAGACCUGGACCUGGGCGACUUGGGAGCUUUCCUCCGCCAACUGAGAAAAUUGAUGGGUCUUUCCAAAGAAAUUAUAUGGUACGAUGCUCUUACCAACGACAACAAAGUUGCUUAUCAGAAUGGGUUGAAUAACAAAAAUAUCGCCUUUGCCGCUACUUGCGGCGCUGUACUUACCAAUUACUCUUGGAACGAAGGCAACGCCUUGUCGUCGAAAGAGGUCGCCUUGGAAAUUGGCCUCCCAGUCGAAAAGGUAUACUUCGGUAUCGAUGUGUGGGCGCAAAACACCGUAGACUUUGGACUACCCCGGGUUACAUACCCGGAAGUGAAAGGUGGAGGAACAAACACAGGAAUAGCGGUCAGCAAGCUCGCUGAAAUAGGGCUCUCUGCAGGUGUUUUCGCUCCGGCGUGGUCUUUCGAGCACUUUCCCCAAUAUGGCAAAACUGUCGAAUGUGCCAUGUGGGAGGGACGAGCUUCUGGGACUGAAAUGACCUGCUCAUGUAGGGGUGGAGCCGACUACUGCCAUCCGGUUAACUCAAGCCAACCCAUCGUGCGAGGUGCUACACGCUAUCCUGCCGGUUCCGAGCGGUUUUUCUACACCGACUUUAACAGAGCAUUUGCCACUCAUCACGAGAACGAAGCUCAGCGGUUAUACCACAACAAGACAUUGCACUCACAGCUAGGCUCACAAUCCAUAUUACCGCAUUUGAAGACCCCAUGCUCAGACGCAUGGGCACAUGAUCAAGCCCCUAUUGACAGGGUAACGAGUCAACUUCGAUAUACUGGAGACAGAACCCUGUUGUGUUUUGAUGCUAUACGUAUCAACCCGGAAUUCGCGAACAAUGAUCGAGUCUACGACCGCGACCUGGCCCUUUUUCAGCUGGACAUGCCCUCAGACGGAUCGUUGCAGCUUAAGUUAGCAUGCGCCUACUUCCCAUGUUUGUCCCAGGCAGGCAUCGCUCCGACCGUCACGAGCAUCUACCUGAAAUUCACAGACGGCAUCAAAUGCAUACGAUUGGAAGACUUUGCGGGAUUUCAAAGAGUCGAGGAAGUAAUUCAAGUCGAUUGCGAUUCGCAUUCGGACGUCCGAUUACAAGAGCUAGGUGUUCGGAUAACUUCCGCUGCUUUUCCAGAGUCGCUGGCCGAGACGAGAGGCCGAGUACUCGAGAUCUACGAAAUUAGCAUCGUGCCUCGUAGCUGCCUACCCCUGGAACACAGCUAUUCAAUUCACGAUGUAAAGAUUGAAAAGCGUGACGAGGGUGCCUAUACGCAUUGGAGACUUCGUUGGACAUACCUAGACAAUGGAGGUGAGGACAACGGAUCCGCAUUUGCGACCUCUGGAAUGCCAUGCAGUGACAUCACUGGGCCUUUCUCUUACUUUGCGAUUCAAAUAGACGGCGUAGAGCUGGGUAGAGCAUACGCGCUGGAGCAUGUGCUGCCGAAGACUUUUGUGGAGGGUUUUGGAGGGAAGGCUGUCACGGUUGUGGUGGCUGGUGUCGGGUUUGAUGGCAGGGAGAUUGCUCGCUAUGAACGAGAAAGCGUACAUGCAUCAGUGCCCUUUCUUUUUUCUUUCACUAUGGCGGACCUGCAGGACCUGCUUGCCCUGCUUCACGGCCAGGGCGCAGCUAGUAACCAACAACCGCCACACGGUUACCAGCAACCCAGCGUCUCGUCACCUAUCUUUUCGCCUUCGCCCAGCGGACCGCAUCCGCAUCAUCAAUCCGCGAUCAUGUCGCCCAAUUCGUCAGCGGCGAAUACUCCAGGUCCUGAACAGGCCGGCGUAUUGCAGCAGACUCCACAACAACAGUCGACGCAGCUGCUGAACCUGCUGCGCUUCAAUUCGCAGCCCAGCGUUGCGCAAGCGAGGCGCCCGUCGCAGAACACGCAAUCUUUGGACACCGCGCCCGUCCACGGCCGCGCUGUCUCUGCGUCUGAUUUGGUUGCAGGCUUCACGGGCGGCAAGUCGACGCAGGCACCCGCCAGCGCGGCACCGCUCGCUGCUCGACUCGAGCCAGCACCCGUUUCGAGCCAGAAUCAGAACCAACAAGACCUGCUCAUGCGCUUGUUGAACCCGAAGCCUGCUCAGAGCGACACUCACUCUCCGCGAGCUUCAGCUGCAGCUUUCUCUCCUCCGCCUGUCGCACCGCAGCCAGAAACGGCUGUCAGCGACGUGGCUCGAGAUUUGGCCGCCGCAGUUGCAACUCUUGAGAACCUGCCCGUAGAUCCGACUGUGGUCUCGUCCGUUGCCUCUCCGAUGAGAGUCUUUGGGUCUGAGGGACCAGAGCAGUCGCAAUUCGAACCAGAACCCGCUCGAUCUAACGACGCCCCGCGAUUCACGUAUCGCAACCCGUUCGAACAACUGGAAGCCGCAAGUCCCCGAAACAGGACACCAGCCCCCGAGACCUCGAAGGCCCCUACGCCCACCCCAAAGAUGGAGAUACUGAAGCACAAGCAUGGCUUAGAUGGAUCUGCGUCCACCAGUGGCGAGGAGAGACCUUCAUCGCAACACAAAUAUCGGAAGUUGUCACCAGGCGAUGCACCUCACGAGACUGUCGCCGAGGCUGUCAGUGAGUUGGGUGAGCAGGUUGGUAAGGAGAUCGAGCAGACGCUCGAGGCAGAGGCUGCGAAGGAGCUCGCUCGUAUGCCGGCUGAGGAAGUCGAGGAGAUUGAAGAAGCUCUCGUCGAGACUGCGUCGGAGAUCAAGAAGGAGCUGGAAGAUGACGCCAACUUCAAGGCACUUGAGAAAGAGGUCUCGAAGCCCAUCGCUGCGUCCUUGAAGCAAGUUGCGAACGAUAUCGCCCAAGGCGAUGUUGCUGACAGCUGGGAGAGUGCUGAGGACAGCCCGGCAAAGGAGGAAGAUCAGACGGUAAUAGUCUAUCGGUUCCCUAUGCGCGCGUUCGCGUCCAUCACUGUUCAGGACUUGCAUAAGCCUCGUGUGCUCUUCUCGCCAGAUCUCGUUAUGGACGUUGCUAGGCUCAAGAAGGAGUUCGACCAGAUCGAUCGCUCCCUGGUCACAGCGAGCAAGAACUUCAUCGUAUAUGCCAUUGUCAAGAAGGGCGGCUUCCGCAUCAUUCGCCAGGAGAACGGCAACUAUCGUCAGGUUUUCGAGCAUCACCAGGAGCGUCUCUUCAAUGUCGCGCUUUGCGUUGGAGGUGAUGAUUCAUCUCUACAAUCUGUUGAGAGUGUCCUUGGCAUCGGAGUAAAUGGCACCGUUUUCUGGGCCUCCGUGGACCCUCUACGCGACAGCGAAUUCGACGAAUUGGACAAGACCGGCCUUGUCCUUCCGCCUUCGCCUUCCCAAGAUGAUAACACAUCUGGUGGCCAGUUGAAGACUCGUGCGAAGCCGUCAUCUCGUCAUCCCGAAUUCUUUGCCAUCGGCCGUGGCAAGGCCAUUCACAUCAUCUGGCCUCGUGUGGCCAAUGAAUUCCUGCGUAGCAACUCACGCAUUGUUCACACCGAGAAAUAUUAUAAAGAGCGCUCGCUCAAGAUACUGACUGGCAAGGCCGGAAAGGACUUCACUUUCAGUGAGGAUGAUACUGUUAUCGUUUCUCUGGACAAGGCCGGGCGCAUGCGUUUCUGGGAUAUCCGGCCCCUGAUCGACCCUGUGGUCGCGACACCAGAACAUGCGAAAUCAGUCGAAGUCUCCGAGACUAUGCUUGAAUUUCACACCACGUCAGCAAACGCCAAGUCAUGGCCGACCUCAGUUUUCUUUUUCGACAAGGACAAGCCUUUUAACAAGGGGAUUGCUUUGCGAUAUGUGAUGGUCGGCAUGAAGCAAAAUCACGCGUUCCAGUUGUGGGACCUGGGAUUGGGCAAGGCUGUUCAAGAGAUCAACCUCCCCCAUGAGAAGGAGUCCGACGCAAUCUGCAGUGUUGGCUUCCACCCGAAGACUGGCAUCAUGGCUGUUGCUCACCCCACGCGCAACUCUAUCUUCUUCGUUCAUGUAUCGUGCCCGCGCUACAAUCUGCCUGUUAUGAACCAAGCCACGUACAUUUCACGAAUCGUGGAUAAGAGCAGUGACAGGAGUCAACAACUUCCUCCGGUCAAUGCGACGGCCAUCAUGACCAGCAUUACUGAGUACUCGUUUUCUUCGAAGGGUCAGAUCCGUAGCAUCCACAUGCUCAAUGAGCCUGCUGGACCAGCUGACGUUGAUGAUCCGGACAACACUGCUUUGUUCGAGCUUUAUGUGAUGCAUUCUAAGGGUGUUUGCACUCUGCGCAUCCGGCGAAGCGACCUAGGCUGGAAGAAGGAGGGCGAGCCUAUGCAUCCCAAGGAAGCGCAAGAGGAGGGCGUAAUCAGCAUUGCUCCGUUGAAGCCAGCAGCACCUCCCGUGGACGACUCGGUCACCAGCGGUGAUACGCCAGGUCCGAAGUCUGUGUCCGAUCGAUCUGCACGUGAGGCCAUCAAGAAGGAGAGCAACGCUGCUUCCCGGCAAUCUAUGACUCCCGAAGCUGCGAUGCGUGCAUCCACUCUAGCCAAGGUCGAGAGCAAGCAGGAUGCCGCUCGUGCCGCCAUCAUCAACGGCAGCGAAAAGUCGGAGAAGAAAAAGAAGAAGCGUUCAACUGCUGAGUCGGCGUCGCAAGUGUCCACGUCUUCCCGGAUGCCUCCACCUCCCUCAUACGCCCAAGCCGCCCAGAGCACCCCGCGGACGAAGUCGCCAGCUGCUCCCGAGUCGGCUGAGCCUAGCUCCCUGAAGGCUUCUGAUGCUGAGAUUCCUGAAUGGGCCAAGAAGUUGGUCGGCCAGCUGCCGCAACAGUCGCCUGCCGCUACAUUUGACUCGAAGAAGCUUGAAGAGGCAGUUCAGGCAGAGAUCAGCAAGAGCCUUUCUCAGUACACAGACUCUGUGUCCAAGCGCCUCGACGAUGAAAGGCGCGCCGCCAAAGCACAGAAUGGCGCUAAUCAGGAAGCACUUCUGCGCCUGGUUUCGAGCACAUUGUCCGAAAAUGUUGAGGGCGUAAUCCGCAAGAUGGUGGAUCAGAACAUGCGCGAAGUACUGUUGCCCAGCUUGCUAACGCAGACAUCCUCCACUCUCGAGAAGAACUUGGGCAAUACGGUCAAGGCUCAUCUUGGUCCCCAACUGUACAAGGAGAUCCCCGAAGCGGUCUCGCGAACUUUGAAGAGCCCGCAGAUAUUCCAAUCACUCUCCGAACAGGUUUCAAAGAAGGUCGCCAUCAGCCUCGAGCAGACGGUCACUGCUGGUGUUGGUGCCGUGAUCACCCCGGCCCUCGCGAAUGUGACAAAUGCCGUCGAGAAUAAACUCAACGAUCAGCUUCGGCAUGCGCAGAUUCAGCAACGCAACGACCUUGCCAAGAUCAACCAGCUUACCGAGACUGUACAGACCUGCCUUCAAACGAUUCAGGCAAUGGCAGCUUCCCAGGCUGAACUUCAGGCUCAAGUCAACAAGCUGCAGCAGCACCUCUCGCAAACCCCGCAGCAGGCUCCCGUUGCUCCUCCAGCAGCCAAGCAGAGAACACCAGAGGAGGUUGAGGCCCAGGAGAUUUUUGAUCUUCUCAACGGGCAGAAGUAUGAGCAGGCCACGAUGCAAUGGGUGCAGUCUCCUAACUCCAACGAUUUGUUCGAUACUGUGUUCAUCAAGUGCAACCCGGGUUACCUUGGGCAGAUCUCGCCGCUACUGAUUCUCUCGACUGGUGCCGUGGUCACAACUUCGCUUCAAGAGAACCUCGUAGAGCGACUUGUCUGGCUUGAUACUGUGCUCAGGAACAUUGACCCCAAUGAUCCCGAGGUCCAUGAUGUCGUCCCCAAGAUCAUGGAGGUUAUCAAGGAGCGCCUCACUCACGCCUACAUGCGUCUGAACGAGAACUCUCCUGGGGACGGUUCCCUCCGUCGCAUCGCCUCUUUGGUCAAGCGCGUAAACGAUCUUGCCCCUAGACCCAGCUAUCCCAGCUCCCACGUCGGCUCUUACGUGUCCCGUGCUUAA